AUGUCUCUUUAUGAUAUUCUGGGAGUGGACUCUUCCGCCUCCUCGGUCGAGAUUCGUAAAGCUUAUAGAAAAUUGGCUUUGCAAUACCAUCCUGACAAAGUCCCAGAGGAAGAGAGAGAAGAGGCAGAAAUCAAAUUUAAAGAAAUCAGCGGUGCCUACGAAAUCCUCAUAGACGAAGAGAAACGAAACGCAUACGACACAUAUGGAACCACAGAUGGUGCUCCUAAUGGGUUUGACUACCAUGAUUCAGGAUUCGCAAACGCUGCAUUUGGAGAAGGUGACUUCGAUUUUGAUCCUCAGGACUUUGCCAAUUUUUUCAAUGGGAUGGGAGGCUCUUAUGGGAGACGACCACCACCUAAAACGAAAACGGAGGAUGCAGUUUUGAAUGUCGAAGUAACCUUGGAAGAAAUAUACAACGGUAAAGUGAUAAAAACCUCUUCUACGCGGAAUAAGUUGUGCAAGCAUUGCAAGGGCAGCGGAGCACGUAAAUCAGCAGUCCCAAUAAAAUGCACCACUUGUCAUGGUGAUGGAUAUGUCAUGAAGAUUCGACAGUUGGCACCAGGGCUGGUAACCCAGCAGGCUGUUCAAUGUUGGAGAUGCAAAGGAAAAAGAACUAUCCACAAAGAGAAAGAUAAUUGUAAAAAAUGCAAAGGCAAGGGAGUGGUGGAGGAAUCCAAAAUUUUGGAAUUUAAUAUCCCAAGGGGGGCUCCCGAGACGGGGUCAGUGAUCUUAGAAGGUGAAGCCGACGAAGAGCCAGGAUUGAAGCCUGGGGAUGUGAUAUUGCAAUAUAAAACGAAAAAGCAUCCAAUUUUCAAGCGACAAAACCAAAACCUGUACACGAAAGUGACGAUUUCCUUGGUCGACGCUUUGUGCGGGUUUGAAAAUCGGAAGUUAGUGAAAACACUGGAUAAUAGAUGGAUAUCAAUCUCCGUGCCUACUGGGAAAGUUCUGCGGCCAGGUGACUCGAUUGUAGUUCCAAAUGAGGGAAUGCCGCUUGAUGACAAUUCCAACAAAAAUGGAGAUCUUUAUAUUGGAGUGGAGAUUCAAUUCCCCAAAGACAACUGGUUUUUGGAGAAGAACGACAUCAGCAAGCUCAAAUCAAUUUUGGAUAUAACUUAUGGCGGCCAACCCCAGACGGCGGCUGGCGAGAUCGAGGACGGAGAAAUUGUAACCAACGUGGCAUUCAAAAUACAAUCAAAGCACGAGCUGCCAAAAUCAUUCAACUCCUAUUUCAGUGACACCGAUGUCACUCAUAUUGGGGUGGAAGAGCCAGAACAGAAGAAAGGGUGGUUUAGCUGGUUUUCUUGA